AUGCUGCCCCGCAGGCCCGGCACCGUGGCGCUGCGGGAGAUCCGGCGGUACCAGAAAUCCACGGAGCUCCUGAUCCGCAAGCUGCCGUUCCAGCGCCUGGUCCGGGAAAUCGCGCAGGACUUUAAGACGGAUCUGCGGUUCCAGAGCGCCGCCAUCGGCGCCCUGCAGGAGGCCAGCGAAGCCUACCUGGUGGGGCUCUUCGAGGACACCAACCUGUGCGCCAUCCACGCCAAGCGCGUCACCAUCAUGCCCAAGGACAUCCAGCUGGCGCGCCGCAUCCGCGGGGAGCGCGCCUAG